AUGGAGCAAGAAUGGAAAUCACUCCGUCUCCAAGUGAACUCAAACUACACACUUAUCUCACAAUUUGUAUUUGUAGGUUUUAUUGGGCAACAGCAAAUGCCUCAGUUAAUUGGAACUUUCUUUUUAUUUAUUUAUAUUUUAACACUUGUGGGAAAUGUUUUUAUUUUGCACACAGUCAAGAAAGUCAAGAAAUUACAUACGCCUAUGUUUAUCAUGAUUAUGAACCUAGCAGCUUCAGACAUCAUAUACAGUACAACUGUAUCACCACAAAUUAUAUAUUUUUAUUUAACUGGUUUUAAAGAAAUACAGUUUCAUAUGUGUUUUGUUCAAAUGUUUUUCUUGCAUUAUGCAGGUUCUGUAGACUCCUAUCUAAUGGCAGCAAUGGCCAUUGAUCGAUUUGUCUCAAUAUGUUAUCCUUUACGAUAUCCCACUAUACUUUCUAACAGUGUUGCUUAUAAAAUGUGUGCUGUAGCUUGGAUAGCUGGAAUCGUUGUUCCGUUAGUAAUUGUUCUUUACUCUUUCCCUCUACCUUACUGCGGUCCUAAUAAAAUUGUACAUCUUUACUGUCAGCAUGGUCUAGUAGCUCGCCUUGCUUGUACAGAUACCUCCUUAACUUUAAUUAGAGCUUUGAUAUUAGCAUUUGUUGCCCUUCUGGGAAGUUUUUUUAUUAUUUUGUUUUCAUAUUUAAAAAUAAUCAUUGCAGUCAUCAAAAUUGUUACAAAAAAUACUAAGGAAAAGGCAUUUUACACAUGCAGUACACAGUUAAUUGUUGUUCUAAUUUAUUACAUUCCUAGAUUAUUUUCAUAUACUUCCUUAUCAGUAAGCUUUAAUAUCCCAACUGAUAUCAAUACUGCAUUGGGGGUUUCUUACUGUCUUUUGCCUCCAUUAGUAAAUCCCAUCAUUUAUAGUUACAGAACAAAAGAAAUUAAAAAUGAAUUUUUAAAAAAAAUUUCUUCAGCAAAAAUUGUUCCUAAAAAUAAAAAAAUUGAGCAUGGCUUAAGAUCAGGAAAAAGGAAUUCCACACAUAUAAAGUAG